UUCCUAGUAAGCAAAAGUAGCUUACGAAGCAGGUUUUACGCUUCUGUGCUGGCAUUUUUUUUUUAAAGUCUACUAGAGUGUGCAUCGCAUUCAGAAAUCUCAAGGGUAUUUCGUUGUGUUUUCACUGAUUUUUUGGUCGUAGAAAAUGGGUUCUUCCUCUCUUCUGGGCUUCACAGCUCAGCUCCUUCACCUUUCUCUCUACUUCUGAGCAGUCCUGAAACUGCAAAAGCCAUGUGACCGGGCAGUUCGCGCUGCACCUGGAGGGAACCGAGAGUGAAAUAGAGCCGCUGCGAGUGCCUGGAUGUUUGUGCAGAUGCUGAGAAUUCACGAGGGGGCAGAGCCGCAGGCUGUGGGCUGGCCACGGCGAGACUGCCUGGGCUCUGCCGUGCUCCUAGGGGUGCGCAAGAGCGGCUUCGUGCCCAGCCUCGCCCCCUCGGGCGGUCUUCCCGCCUCUCUGACUCCUAACGGCUACCCAUCCCCAUUCCUGCCCUGUGCGGCUCCUCCAGAACGGGCCCUCCCCGCCUUUGGAGCUGAUCUCUUGAUUCUUCCUGUGGUGCAUUUCCAUGGAUACCUUUGUUGUGGUUGCUGCUAAGCUUCCGCGUAAGCACCGCUCAGCCCAGGAGGCAGUGACCUACCUUGUAUUCCGACUGGGGUGAACACCGGGUGGGCCGACAGGUGCGGUCAGUGCAGUGGGGAGCUCUCCUGUCUCGACUUAAAGCUACAUUAUUUUUAAACUCUGGUCUGUUCAUUGGCUGACAUCUCUCACCCUCAAAUGUCAACAGGAAAGAAACAGUUUUGGGGAAAGAUGUCCAUCUGCUCAUAGCCAACACAGCCAGCCAAAGGGCUUCAAAACCGUGCAGGUCAGUGGCUGCCCCCUGAUGAAAACUGUUACCUUCCGACCACGAUGUCUUCCCUGAGCAAAGUGAAAUGAGCCAGAAGGCAAGCGAGAAUGCACCCAGCCGUCCCCAAUUCAUCUCAAAGCCCCCGAAACCCAUCCGGCCAUACAUCUGCUCGGCUCUGCAUGAUUUUCAGGAAGAGAGAGACUUUUUGGCCAACAACAUCUUCCCUCAGCUUCAUGAACUUUGCAGUUCCCGGGGCACAUAUUUCAAAGCAGUGGAUCUGAGAUGGUCGGCGCUGAAGGCCCACAGGUCCUCACCCGCCAGCCUGCGCAGGCAGCACGCCUGUCUCCACGCCCAACAGCUGAAGCUGUGCCUCGACUCCGUGAGCAGCUGCUUGCCCUUUUUCAUCUGCCUGCUGGGCCACACCUACGGAGACUUCCUCUCUAAGCACUCAGCUUUCCUGUUCUCCAAAGAUGUCGGCUUGUCACGGUUAUCCAACAAAGAACAAAAUCUCUAUGUUGCGGCCCAAAACGGCUAUCCCUGGGUCCUGGAGUGCCACGACUGCAGCCUGAUGGAGUUUGAGAUCAUCCAAGCAGCAUUUCUGAAUCCAUCCCCAUUCCAGUAUUUUUACUUUAGGACUCAAGACACCCUGCCCAAGGCCUCAGCCAAGGAGAACGAGGAGCAGGUGCAGCAGCCGUCCUCGGACUCUCGGAUCCCCAGGGAGGAGAAACUGAAGAUUGGAAAGCUGAAGGCCACGAUUAUGAGCAAAGGGCUCCCGGUCAGAUUCUAUGCCGGUCUCCAGGAGCUGGGGGAGCUGGUUCUCAAGGACUGGUCACUUGUGAUAGAAAAACUGUGCCCAGCCACUUUACUGAUGGAUAAUAUAGACUACAAGCACAGCUUUGAACGUUUCUAUCAUGAAGAGUUCAUCGAGAAGUGUAAGGCAACGGUUGCUAUUUCCAAGGAGCCAAAGAAGACCUUUGAAAUCUUGGAAAAAUUUGCCUUGAAGGAUAUGGACCUUGUUUUAAAAAAUUCAGCAGCAGGUUCCAGUUCAGACCCGGUCUUCAGGCUGAAUUAUCUUCCAACGUACAAGUCUAUUUUGCUCUUGUCUGGAGAACGUGGUUGCGGGAAAUCCACUCUGCUUGCCAGCUGGGUGGAUUAUUUCAAAAAGAAACAUCCAGGCCUGUUGCUGAUCCCGCAUUUUGUGGGAAGCACCUGUGAAAGCAGUGACAUCAUGACCGUGAUCCACUACUUCAUCUCGGAGUUGCAGCACAAGAACUACGGUACUCAGCUCGAAAUGGAUAUUGUUAACGAAGAAUCGAAUAUCUUGGUCUUUUCACUUCUUGUAGAAAUAUUCAUUGCUUCCAUCAGUUUAAAGCCAUGUAUACUUGUACUAGAUGGAAUCGAAGAAUUGAUUGGUAUUUAUGGGAUUUCAGGUCAGAAGGCAAGAGAUUUCUCCUGGCUGCCACACUCGCUUUCUCCUCAUUGCAAAUUUAUCAUGAGCACUGUCUCCUCCAGCCUGCCCUACAAGUCACUGUAUGCCCGCCCAGAUGUGAGGACUGUGGAACUCAUUAGCAUGGACAAUAACGAAAUGAAGCUCAAGGUCUUUAGACAGCACCUCUCCAUUCUCAACCAAGACCCCUUCCAACAGAGCAGAUAUGCCUUGAAGAAUAAUGCAAACAGCAAUCCUUUAAAACUCCUGAUCCUUGCCAAUGAAUUGAAAGAAUGUAGAAUCUACCGAAAUGAGUUCCAGUGUAUGAGUGAGUACUUGGAGGCGGCCUCUAUUCAGGAACUCUGGGGAUUGAUCCUGAAACGCUGGACUGAAGACUAUAGUUGGACUUGUAAGGAGGCUUCACGACAAGGGCUGGACGGCUGGGUGACUGACACCCUGUGCUUGUUGUGCGUCUCACACUGUGGGUUGACGGAAGAUGAGCUGCUCCAGAUUCUGGACAUGCUGGGCUAUAGCAAUCGUUACAAAGUGACCACGCUGCACUGGGCUGCCUUCCGCAGCGCCACCAAGCAGUGGGUCCAGGAGAAGCCCAACGGCCUCCUCUACUUCUGGCACCAGUCCCUGCGAGACGCUGUGGAGCACACGCUUCUCGGUGUAAUCACUCCUGUCAGAGAAAGCGGUCCAUAUUCGUUUCGGAAACCCACAAAUCACAGGAAAACCUAUUUCCACCACAUCCUGGUCAGAUACUUCCAGCGGCAGUCCGCCUUCUGGAGAGUGUACCAAGAACUGCCGUGGCAUAUGAAGAUGAGUGGGUGCUGGUCGGGCUUGUGCAGCUUCCUCUCCAGCCCUAGUAUUGCAGACUUUCUGUCAAAAAUCCAAAGCCUGAGCUUCUGGACAAGGCUGCAGCUCGUUCACUACUGGAAGAAGUUGUCAGAGGCCGGAUAUGAUAUUUCUGGGGCCUAUUUGCUCUCAGCGGCCAGGAUCAAAGCAGAUGAGUGCCACAAGGCGAGGAAGAGAUACACGUUCUCAGCGCUGGAGUCCAGGCUUUCUGGGCUUACUGCCGUGGACAGAUGUCGCUUGUUGUUCUUUAUUGGGAGUCUUUUGAAGAUUAUGGGAAAGACCAACGAAGCCAAAGAGUUGUUCGUAGAUGUUGAGAACAUGUUAAUGCAGAGCCGGUCCACGAAAGAGAUGCUUGUCAAAGUACAGAACGCGGCCGGAGAACUGUAUCUUGAAAUCGGCAUGACUCAGGAGAGCUGCCAGUAUUUCCAAAAAGCAUGGUCAAACCUGCUGUGUUUUUCACUCAGUGACUUGAGAAACAGCCAGGACUUGAUGAAGCAGAAAGUCAAAGUGCUGAGUAACCUGGCCAAGACAGCGUCUGAGGAGUACUUAAAGGAAAAUCAUGUUUUGGAAUAUGCUACGGAGGUUUCCAAAUUCCUGAGUAACAAUCCCUGUGAUCAAGCUACUAUGAAAUACACGGAAGGUGUUCUCAUUUUGGUUGCCGGAAAUACUUCUCUUGCAAGAGUGAAACUUCAAGAGUGCUUAAAUAUCAGGAGAAGUUUGUUUGGUGAGAAAAGCAUGCGAGUUGCAGAAAUUAUGGAAUUUUUAGCAGAUUUACUGUUUUUUUCACAAAGUGAUAGUGAAAAAUCCCAAAGGAAGCAAGUAAUUGAAUACUAUAAACAAGUGAUAAAAAUCAAGGAAAAUGCAAGCACUCUGGUCAACUCCUCACUUGUCCAGAAGCAGCUGAACAUCAGCCUCAGUGACACCUUGUGUAAAUUAGCAGGUCAGUUACUGAUAUUCGACUCUUCUUAUCAUGUCAUGAUGGAGGUAGCAGGUUAUUUGCGCAGAUCAUUUAAUUUAAGGGCAAUCUGCCUGGGGUCUUCUCAUCCAUCAGUCCAUGGAAUCCAGUGCCUUCUGAAGGAAAUUCAGCUGGCCAAGGGCAGGAGGUGUUGGCCUCAAGGUGAGCCACUGGAGUCGGGAGGGUCCCCGGAGUGACUCCUCACGGUGGGAGCGCUUGCUUAGGUUAGACUACUGCAGCGCACAGAGUUCUGGCUCCGUGAACUCUGCCUUGUGCGCGAACGCACAGAAGUUACAGAAGGCCAACAGCUGGGCCUCGGCACCUCCCGC